UAAAAUGAGGUCAUGCCUUAAGUAUAAAUCUGCUCCUCUGGGAGACAUUUCGUUACAUCUAUGUUGCUGGGUUUUAUUUUACUUGAGAUUAGGUUCCCAAGAAAGCUAUUUGCAACAGCUGAAAUUGUACAAAAAUCCUUAUUCUGUACGUGCCGUGAAUAUUUGUGGAUUACAAGUAUACUAAGAAGACAGCCUCCUAUUAGCUUGAACAAAUUGUGCCGUGUACAUCCAGUUUCUUGCUGUCUUUCUACAAAUAAGAACUUUAAUUCAAUAAAAGGUUUUCUCUAGUUUUUAAUUAAGGUGCAUACAGUUGAUAAGGGUCAUAGACUCCAUUUAUUACUCAUUCACCGACUGUGUGCAUUUGAACUGACGACUGCAGCCUACAGGAUGAGCAUGAGUUAUUCAAGAGAUUCGACCCAUGCCCUACUUCCAUCUGGCCAGGCAGCCUACCCCCUUCAGGGAGCGUCGGGGCACCCUCCCCCGGGUGGACCUGUCCCUGGGUACUCAUCUCCCGGGCAGCCAGCAGCAGCGUCCUUACCCCCGCCGACAUACAAGGAAUCACAGAGGGAACCUCCACAAAGAGAUAAUAUUGAAAGUGUUCCCACCAUCACGGAAGAUCAGGCCCGGAGCGCCUUGCUUCAGUUUGUCAGUGAGGACUGCUGCUACGGCAAACGUCCCGCUGUGGAGAUGAAGCUCAACGAACUUAAGUCCUCCAGCGCUUUCCAUUACACACUGGAGACCUUUGGGGAAGGUCGUUCCACGAAAUGGACGUACGAGCCCUUCAACGGUCAGCACGUGGCUAUGACGGGCCCACCACCGGGGCCCUGGGAUGUCCCAGCCCGGCCUCCUCAGAUGUUCCACACUGCCAAACUGGACAUCGAGGUGCCCAACACAGCUUCCGUCAAACCCUGCCACGCCUGUUUCGCCAUGGGCUUUCAAAGGUGUACUGGUUGCCAAGGAAAAGGGAGGGUUGAAUGCAACACCUGUCGCGGGUCAGGCCAAGAGGAGUAUGAGGAAGUAGGGGAGAAAAAGAAGAGAGCGUGCACAAAGUGUAAUGGCGAUGGUACUAAACGGUGCUCCAAUUGUGAUGGGGCGGGCCAGACACAGUGUAGCGAGUGUCAGGGGAAGGCAUCCCUGCGCUGGUUCAUUCUGCUCACAAUCCAGUGGACCAACCAUGCUGAAGACCAUGUGGUGGAGAAAACGGCGCUGCCCGUGGAGCUAGUGAAGGGGGUGUCUGGACAUAAGGUCUUCCAGGAGACACAGACGCGGGUGUGGCCAGUGAACCACUUCCCGGAGCCAGAAAUCAACAGUGCGUCCAACAACCUGGUCAGUGAGCACGGCUCCAAGUUCCCCACAGAGAUAAUUCUGAUGCAGCGCCACCAAGUAAGAAUCAUCCCGGUCACCCAGGUGUUCUACGAGUACAAAGACCACAAGGACUCGUACUUUGUCUACGGAUUUGAGCACAGAGUUCAUGCUCCCGGCUACCCGGCCAAGUGUUGUUGUGGGUGCAGCGUACUCUAGUGUGUACCUGCGUCUUUUCCUUUACGUCGACACAGUAAUCAUCAUUAUAAUUCUUAUUUUCUUAUUGUUAGUAACCUGUGAAAGUGGCAUAAGACCAUAUAGCAACAUUUUUCAGGAGAGAGAGAGCGAGAGAGAGAGAGAGAGAGAGAGAGAGAGAGAGAGAGAGAGAGAGAGAGAGAGAGAGAGAGAGAGAGAGAGAGAGAGAGAAAGAACUGUUUUAUUCAUUUAAAAAUACAAUGCAGUAUAUUUCCUGUUUUUUUAUCAACUUUUGGAAUGUGAAUUUCGACAAACUGCAAACGAUACUACAGGUUAAGAAGCUGCAAUUAUUUUUUUUAAAAAUGUAAGGCUUAGAACAACUGGCUUACAAUUUGUUAUGGAAGUCAAAAGUAAAGGUGAAAAGAACAAUGGGUGGAUAGAAGAGUUACAGCCUACCAGUGUUACCUCAGUGUGUGACUGUUAUCAUCAACGUCAUUACAGUAAGGUUUUCUUUUUCUAAGCCAAAAGAUGCAGAGAGGACAACAACUUACAUUAACACCAAAGAAUGAACGUGUUGUGUCUUCUGUUUCUAGAAGUCGAUUCAGUAAUGUCAAGCGAAAUACAAAACUAAUAAACAGCACUCUGUAGAAGUCACAAAAGUAAGAUUAAUAUGAAUGUACCUUGUGUGAUUUGGCACCACUUUUAUAUUGAAAUAAAUUCCAUCAAAACCAA